CCCGUCCCCCUCCCCCGGCAGUCCGGAUUUGCGCUGUGGUGGCUGCAGGCGAAGAAAAUUCCAGAAAAUUCCCGUUGCGGCGGCGGCGCCGGCACGACCUUAACAAGCCAAGAUGCCCAUCAGGGCUGAUGAAGUGAUGCAACUGUUCUGCCACCUCUCUCGGGAGAAGGGAAUGCAAGCUGCUGUUAAACACUCUGGUCGAGGAGCUCUGCUCGCAGGUGCCACAGCCUUUAUUGGAGGCCUCGUGGGGGGUCCCCCUGGCAUCGCAGUAGGGGGAGCAUUUGGUGGAUUGCUUGGUGCCUGGAUGACUACUGGACAGUUCAGGCCGGUCCCCCAGAUUUUACUGGAGUUGCCUCCUGAUGAGCAGCAGAAGCUCUAUGAUGAAGCCCUUGUUAUUCUCAGGAGCUUAGACUGGACUGAUGUUGCUCAGCUGACUGCCCUUGUAAUGGGAAAUGCUGCUAUCCAGCAAAAAUUGUUGGGAGUGCUGGUAAAUUACCUCACAAAAGAGCUAAGAGCAGAGAUACAGUAUGCAGAAUAAACCUUUCUAGAGCAGGCUUUUUACAUGGUAAUGAAUAUUACUGUGACAGUUGUGAUUCUUCAACAUAGCAAUUAUCUACUUAUUGCUACUAAUGAUAAAUCUAGGCAGACCUUUCUUCUUCCUUUGAAGAUAGGAUUAGAUUACUACAUUAUUCUGAUACGGACUUGCUAUGUAAUUUUGAAUUCAUAUGCACUGUAAGCUGGGAUCAAAUUUGGAAUUGGUGAAAGGAAUUGCACUUCUGCUAGGUUGAUGUUAUGUAGUUGUUAGACCUGGGUAAAAUUUUCAAAGUCAUUGUGUUUUACAUAGGAUAGAUUAAUUUUGUUUUUCAGAAGUGCUUGAAAUUUCUUCUGUAAAUGUCACAAAGGCACCAAAGUUGCUUGAGUGUUGUGAAGACUUUUACUUACUGUCUAUUUCAGUCCUGCAAAAGAAUAUUGUAAGAAGGAAGGCGGGAGUUUAUAGUUUCUACUGUAAACUCAAAAAUCUCGAGCCUUUCUGUCUUCUUUGUUUAGUUUUUAUUGUGUUUAUUGAGUUGUUCUUUUCUUUAUAUAAGAUGUGAAGUACUUUAAAAAUUUCCUAUUGUCUGAGUUUGCUGAACCAGAGCUAUACUGGAUGAGCCUAUCUUGUGUAAAGACUGAGGCUAAACAGGGGGAGUACCCCUAAGGGUAAACCCUUGAGUACCCCUGAGGUUAAACAGGGGGAGUAGGACUGAGGGUAAAGAGGA